AUGGCUGAUAAUACACUUUGCUCAAUUCGAGAACAAUUAGAUAACUUGAACGACGCUACUGAUAAUAUAAAUACAUUAGAAAUUCGACUAGACAAUGCGAAAAAGGACUUCAGGUUAGUUUUUCAUGUUUUCCUAAUGACAUUCUUUUUUUUCUAGGGAAACGCAAAGCAUUUUCAAUAAAGAAAUGAGUGGUUUAUCUAGAAAACAUUCGAAACAUAUUGCAAAAUCAAGAAUAUUUUUCGAUUUGAAAGCAAAGGAGAACGAAUUGAAAAAUAGUGCACAAACUGCGGCUGAAAAUUAUAAAAAGAAGCAAAUAAUUCAUGAAUUAUCGAAACAACAUCUGGAUGAAUUGAUGAGAACAAGUAAUAUUGAAGAAUAUUCAGAGGUUCUCAGGCUCUAUGAAUUUAUUUUAAUUAUUCAUGUUUUUGAAGGUAAUAAGUCAACAAAUUGAAAUGAUACAUGAAUCGGAAAAUGAGUGCGAAGAAGCCGAACGAAUUCACGAAACUAAAAUAGGAGAUUUACUCGCAACAGAAUCAUGUCUAGCAAAAUUGGAAGACGAAUAUAGGUUAGUUUCGAGGUCCAAACACAUCUCAAAUUAAUCAGAAAAAGUUUAGAACAUCAAUCAAAAAAUCGAAACAGUAUUACGAGCGGAAAGAUUAUUUUAUGAAAAAAAUGAAAGCACAAAUCGAAUUGGUCACUUUUUUGGAGGAUCAGGUGAAAGCUAUGCAAAACAAUAGAAAAACAUAAUUAUUCCUGUGCACAAACACGUAGAAAAAGAAAAUACGCAGAAUAUCAUCAUUUUUGAUUGAAGACAACGUAAAAUUGAGAGAGAGCGCAGACACACAAAUUAGUUUUUUGUAUUUUUUGUUCGAAUAACUAAUUUUCUGUAUGCGCUCUCUCAUUAUCAUGUUGUAUUUUGUUUUUCGACAUUUUGUCUGUAAAAUUAUGUUUUUUAUUACAAAACUAGUGGUUCCUGGGCGUGUUGUUCAAACUUGUUCAUUCACCACCCCGACAUAACAAUUUUUUCACUUGGCGCAAAACUAAAAAAAUAUUCAUUCAAAUCAAUGUUCAUACUGAUUAGUAGAUUUUGAAAACCUCUCUCUUUUAUGAAAACCUCUUCGAAAAUUCCGUUCAGAAGUUUUCAUGCAAUUUAUGGCUUUUAGCGGACUCAAAAAUGAUGAUUAUACGGUAGUUUCCGAACUCGUUGCUGGCCUGAAUUCAAAUCUCUCACAGUUUACGUAAGCUGGUAAAACGUGAAAACGGAUACAUUCCAAGCACCAAAUUAUCAACGAUAGCGAUUUCCCAAUAUUUAUUGAAAAUAAAACAACAAAAAAAUAAUAGCACAAAUAAGUUGAAUUUCCCAUUGUCGAUGUCCUUGUUGAUGCCGCCACCUGAAAAUUGUUGAAUUAUGAUAAUGUAUGAUAAUUUGGAGUUUAGUUCAAUAAUAGUUUGAAACUGUGUCGAAAAAUGUAUAUUAUUGGAAUGAAUAAUUUUGAAAAAACAGCGAGGGCAGAAAGAAAUACCAUACUUUCGGAUUUUGGGAGUUUUUCAAUAUUUAAACUGGAUCAUGAAUUCAUGAUUAUACUUUGAAGUUUGAAAUUAAAACUUUCUUUAAUACCAGUAUUUUUAUUAAUAUGAUUUUUUAAAGCUUGGCCGUAAAAUUUUCUAUUUUUCUUGAAGUUGAAACUUGAAUUUUUUUUUGAAAAACCGCCAUCUUCAAUUUUUUUGAGUUCUAAAAUAAUUGGAAACUCACAAUUUUUUAAUUAAUAAAUUUAAAGAUUUUUCAAAAAUGACACUUCAAAUGAAAUGUGAAUUCAGUUCUAUUAGGUUAAUCCUAUUUUUAUAUUUUUUGUUUUUGUUUAUUUUAAAACAUUUUGAGCUUCAGAAAUGAAGCUAGGAUUUUUUAAAGAAAAAACCCAGGUACCUGGGAAAUUUUUGAAAUUAGAAUUCAAUCGAUUAUUUAUCGUUUUAGAUUUCUAUGCUGGAACGAAUUGUGCGACGCGCUAGAAAACUUAUCAGCGUUCGAUGUUCAGCUUUUUAUAAAAUUAUAAAAUAUGAACCCAAAACUUCUAGAAAAUUACUUUUUAAAAAUAAAACUGAUAGAGGCGCAUAAUUCUCAAAUAUAGCGUAUUUUGUCUUUUGAAAGCGAAGAACUCACUUCUUUUUCUUGUAUUGUGCAUAUUCGUGUGGCUGCAAGUGCGGUGCCUGAAGAAGAACAGUUUAUUAUACCAAAUAGAAAGUUGAGUUUGACUUACGUAUCGAAACCUCCAAAGCCGCGACAAAAAAGGGAAGAAAACAAUAAAAAAUGAAAAAAAAUAAAAAAAAAACACACGCCACUUUAGUGUUACCGUAGUCUCAUCGCGCCAAGAAAAAAACGAACAAUUGGCUGUCCCUUUAUCCGACCAAACCACCCGUUUUUGAUUUUCUUUUUUUUAUGUAAAGAAGAUAUAUUAAUCCGCAUAGAAUCAUUCAACUUCAACUUCAUUUAUUGAUAAUUUUAUUAUUUCAGAUCCAGAAUAAAAAGAAGAGUUAUAGCACAUCGAUGAGAAAUCUGGAAAUAAUAAGUGAACAAAUUCACUUUGAAAGAUCAAUGAAUGCAGAAAAUGGGUAA